GUAAAAUAAAAGAACUAAGUUUGAUUAAGCAACAGAUAGAAUAUGAAGGAAAUAAAUGGACGUAUCAUAUCCUAAGAAAAAAACAGUCCUUGGUUUCUAUUGUUGAUGGUAAGAUUGGUCAACUACAAGACAACUGUCAAGAGUUGGAAUUGCUUCUAACAACAGCGAAGGCAUGUUUUAGCAACCUCGAAAAUAGUAAUGUAUGGACAUUUUUGAAGUCAUGGUUGAAAAUAAAACACACAAAAGAAGAGUUUGAAAGUAUGGAACCUUGUCCAUAUUUGUUACAAAAGCUGAAGUUUCGUCCUGGAGUCGAAGACUCGUUUGACGUUAGCAAUCUAUUUGGCAAUCUCAUUGUUGACAUAAAUCAAGAAUACGAGAUGGGGGUGGUUAGAGAAGAAAAAGAAUCAUAUGAGGAAAAGGUUGACAAAUUUUCAUUAAAAUUAUCGAGUAUCACCAACCAGGAAUCCCAAGGAGAAUCAAAAGGUCCUCAGAAAUCAACAACAUCUCAGAAAAAAGGCUUAGAACUAAAGAAAGAACUGAAGGAACUAAGUCUCCGUCGUGCAAAAUGGACAAACUAUAUGAAUGCAAGAGAAAAGGACCAACAAAAGGCGUUUCUGUCACAACUAAACACAGAGGAAGGCAAUGUCAAUAUUUAUAAAUGCGAAAUAGAAUCAGCAGGACAAAAAAUGGAACAAUUGAAAGACGAAAACAGUGUGAUAGUUAAGAAAUUGGAUUCUCUAAAAGAGGAGACAAAUCAGAAAGUGACGAACAUGUUACAGAACCACAAAGAUGAGGUCGACUUAUUAAAAAUACAAAAUCAGGAUUUACAACACAGGCUAUCAAGAAAACAAGACGAACUAAAGAGUCUAAGGACAGUAGUUAAUUCAGUCAUUGAAUUAAAAAAAGGAAAAACAAAAUAAAUCUUCAGCUUAGGUAUAAUACAACUCAAAACGCAAUAUGAUUUUUUAAGAGCAAUCUAAAUAUCUUUUAGUGCAUAGUUCAUGUAAGAACUGACAUCAGCGACAGACCGAAGCAAAAUAAAUUAGUUUGACAAUUUCACAUAAGGAAAAAGAAGACUUGAUUCUUGCUCUUAGUGGUGUAUGUAUUAAAAAAACUCUAACAUAUUUAAUUAAUCUGUCUAUCGUCAGUGGUAUUGUCCCAGUUGACAUGAAAAUAGCUAUAGUCUGCCGUAUCUCUAAAAAAGACCCAGCAGACUACGUGUGGAAACUAUAUGCCUGUUAGCAUUUUGGUUAUCGUAUCUAAAAUUCUCGAGAAAUCGGUUUAUUCUCAGUUUGAAAAUUAUUUAAUUAAGACAGAUUUGCUAUAUAGCUUUCAGUCUGGUUUUAGGUCCUUGUAUUCUAUUUGAAAAAGAGAAAGCAGAAAGUAAAUGUAAAUGGUGUUGAAUAUAAUUUUCAAACAGUUACUUGUAGAGUAUAUCAAGGUAUUAUUUUGGGUCCACUUUUAUUCUUAUCUUAUGUAAUUGAUAUAUAAUUAGUAUUAGUUCCGAUUGCAAAUCAUUAUUAUAUGCUGAUGAUAGCACGAUUUUAUUUUCGCACAGGAACAUCUGAAAAACUUGGAAGGGAACUCCAGUCUUGCAGUCAUUGGUUAAUUGGAAGCAAAUUAUCCCUUAAUUUGGACAAAACUGAAUGUAUUUUGUUUGGUUCAAAACGCAAACUUUCAAAAAUUGACUAUUGUCAAGUCAGCUGCAAUAACCAUAUUAUUCCAGCUCAAAACAGGGUAAAAUACUUGGGACUAAACAUAGACAAAUAUUUUUCUGGGGAAAUUAUUGUCAGUAAAAUUUCACAAAUAGUGAAUGCAAGACUGAAGAUCCUUUAUAGAAAUGGUCGGUGUCUUUCAGAAAACUCUAGAAAAUCUUUAUAUACGGUUUCAGUGCAAUGUAAAUGAUUAUGCAUGUUCAGCGUGGUAUUUCUGUUAAUGUAAAAAGUAUCAAAAUAAGUUACAAGUAUUUCAAAAUAAAUCUGCUAGAUUUAUAAAAGAUAUGGAAAACAGAACUUCCAUAAAUUUUAAUGUAAUAAAUAGUAUUGUUUUUUUAAUGUAGAAAACAAGUCAAACAACUAAGAAUCAACAGUGCAUAUAAAAUAUUUUAUAAACAAAAGCCCUUUCUACAUGCAAGGCAAUUUUACUAAGAUCAAAGAUUGUCAUAAAUAUUCAACAAGAUCUAGUGAGUGCAAUUGUUUUAUAUCACCUAUAAAAGGGCAACAGACUUUAACAUUUCAUUCUUAUGCUAUAAAGAAUUGGAACUUGUUGCCAAGUAAUUUAAAGAGCAACAAAAAUGUUGAAUCUUUUAAAUCUGAUGUUAAAAUUUUUCUGUCAAAAAAGGAAAGCAACGAUUUUAAUAGCACAUUUUUAUUUUAUUGAAUGGUCUAGUCAAUGUUGUCGUAAAUUAUCAUUUUAAAAUGAUUAGUAUAAAACCUGCCAAAGUCAUGAUUUCUUAUAACUAUAUUUUAAUAUUUUUAAGAAUGUCACAUUAUGAUAAUUGGACCCCAUUGGAAAUAAGCCGUAUGGCUUUCAUGGGCAAUCCAGAUUAGCAAUCCAGAUUAGGUAUCAACAAUUGUUUUAGGAUUUUAUGAUUUUAGUAUGUAUGCAUGUCUGCUAUUGUUUUAUACAGUGAUUUCUUUUGUAAUGUUCAUCUUGAUAUUUCAUCAAAGAAAUCCGUUUGUAAUCUA